GACAAUCUCUUCCUGCCGUGUCGCCCACAGGGACAUCUCCACAAUGAAUUUCAGUGGAAAAUACGAACUGCAGAGCCAGGAAAACUUUAUACCGUUCAUGAAAGCUAUUGAUAUCCCAGAUGAGUUAAUUACAAAAUGGAAAGAUACGAAGAGUGUUACUGAAAUUAUCCAAACUGGAGACCACUUCAAGGUAAAUGUCACCAUGGGCAGCGAGCUGAUUGUCCAUGAGUUUACAAUUGGAGAGGAGAUGGAAGUCCUAAGUCCCUCUGGAGAACAAAUUAAGACCGUAGUCACUGCUGAAAGAAACCAUAAACUUGUUAUCAAGAUGAAAGACAUUACCUCAGUCUCUGAGGUUGUGGGAGACCAACUGAUUAUUACUAUGACCUUUGGUGCUAUUCAAUACAAGACAAUCAGCAAGAGAAUCAGAUAA